AUGCAUCUAGUCUUCAACUCAAUUAUCAUCAGCCUCAUCAGUCUCUUGCCUGCAAUAAUUUGCUAUUUGCUAUAUAUUAGCAUCGAUCCGCUCUCACUUCAAGAUGAACAUGGCAACAAAAUCUCUUCAGGUCCUCGCGGCAUCCCUAUUCUUGGGUCUUUUCCAUUUUUGACAAAAUAUCCUGAACUGACGCUCAAUCGUUGGGCGAAAUCAUUCGGAAGUCUCUACUCUAUCUACCUCGGUAAUCAGCUCUUCAUGAUUAUCUCAGAUCCUGUCGUCGCCAAAGACCUCAUUGUUAACAAUGGCUCCACAUUCUCGGGCAGGAAAGAGAUGUUCAUCAAGAGCCAGAUUGUUUUUGCUGGCAGAGGAAUCACAGCCACACCAUACAAUGACACAUGGCGAAAACACCGUCGCAUUGCAUUCAAGUGGCUUAAUCAAAAUGCUGUUGAUAGUUAUACCGAUGUCUUGGAUCGAGAAGCCUCGGUGUUACUCAAGUCAUUGUGGGAUGAGAGCAAGAAAGGACGACUUCCAAUCAAUCCUCAGGUAUUGGGACUUUCAUGUUCACCACAUGCAGGAAGAUGUUCCUUGAAUAACAUGCUCACGAUAACUUUCGGCACCCGAACUGAUAGUAUCCACGACUCACUCGUCCAGACCGCCCUUCGAUUAAGCCGCGCUUUCAUGAAUUGCACCGGACCAAUGUCAAAUUUAGUAGACUUUAUUCCUUUAUUACAACGCCUUCCGCUUCCCAUUAUCCAUCGCGCCAAGAAUCUCCACAAUGAUCUCGUCGAAACUUACGGCGGACUCAUCAAAAUGGUUGAGGGCGACAUGGCAUCCGGAAUCGAUGUCAAGGAUUGUUUAGCCAAGACGAUGCUGGAGAUUAGAGAUGAAGAACAACUUGAUCAUCUGGAUAUGGCCAUCCUAGCUUCCGCAUUCAUGAUCGGUGGAGUAGAGACAACAGCAGCAGUCAUGCAAUGGUUCUCAGCACUCAUACCCGCAUACCCGGACAUUCAACAGAAAUCACACGAAGAACUUGACCGUGUGGUUGGCCGAGAUCGCUUACCUACCAUUGAAGAUGAGCCGAACCUUCCAUACUGCCACGCGAUUGUAAAAGAGGUUGAACGUUGCUACAACCCAUUCUGGCUUGGCACACCCCACACUGUUACCAGUAACUUCGUUUACCAAGGGAAAUUCAUCCCCAAAGAUACAGUCAUGGUACUAAAUACCUGGACGAUGCACCACGACGAGAAUCGCUUCAAGAACCCUGAAAUCUUCGACCCAGAACGAUAUCUUAACGACAGUCUCACAUCAUCUCAAAGCUCAAACCUCUCAGAUCCCAGUCAGAGAGAUCACUGGAUGUUUGGCGCUGGACGACGUAUCUGUCCCGGCAUUUUAGUAGCAGAGCGCGAAAUCUGGCUGACGAUCUCGCGCAUGCUGUGGGCAUUUCAGAUGUCAGAAGUCCCAGGCCAGAAGAUUGAUCUAAAGGAGUAUGAUGGUAAGAGUGGGAGGAGUCCGUUGCCGUUUCAGAUUAUGAUUCAGGCGAGGGGUGAGAGUGUUGUGAAGAUUUUGGAGGGGAUUGAGGGGUAG